GUCCCGCAAGUUUCUUCCUCCUACCGCGCCUCCUCUCCCCCCGUCCUUGAUAUCUCUUCCCAGCGCGUGCCGUGCCGCGGUCGACCAACAUGGACCGGCGGCGGCUCUGGACGUGGGCAGCUGCCGUCGUCGUCGCUGCUGCUGCUGCGGCUGCGGCGGCGGCGGGCCAUGAGAAGAGGCUGGUGGUGGGCAUGACUCUCGUCCCGGGCGCCGCGUCCACGGGGGCAGUGUGCCUCGACGGGAGCCCGCCGGCGUACCACCUCCACCGCGGCUCCGGCGCGGGCGCCCGCGGCUGGCUGCUCCAGUUCGAGGGCGGCGGCUGGUGCAACGACGCGCCGUCCUGCGCCGCACGAGCCGGCACGCGGCGAGGCUCCACCCGGCUCAUGAGCAAGCUCGAGGUCUUCUCCGGCGUGCUCAGCAACGAUCCGGCCAGGAACCCAGAUUUUUACAACUGGAAUCGGGUGAAGCUGCGGUACUGCGACGGCGGAUCCUUCGCGGGCGAUUCGGAGUUCACAAAUGGCUCUUCAGUCAUCUACAUGAGAGGUCAGAGGAUAUGGGAUGCUAUCAUCGCCGAUCUCCUCACCAAAGGCCUCGCCAAAGCCAAAAAGGUGCUGCUCUCAGGAUGCUCAGCAGGAGGCCUAGCUACAUUCUUCCACUGCGACGACCUCGGGGAGCUUCUCGGGGGCGUCGCCACAGUGAAAUGCAUGAGCGACGCGGGGUUUUUCCUUGAUGUGGAUGACAUUUCCGGCAACAACAGCAUUAGACCUUUCUUUAGCAGCCUAGUUGCUCUGCAGGGAGCUGAGAAGAAUUUGAACAAAGACUGUCUAAAUUCAACACUCAGUCCUUAUCUGUGUUUUUUCCCUCAAUAUGCACUUCAAAACAUUAAAACCCCAUAUUUCAUCUUAAAUUCAGCGUACGAUGUAUAUCAGUUCCAUCACAUCUUUGUGCCUCCUUCGUCUGAUCCUAGGGGUCACUGGAGUCGCUGUAAGGCGGACCCCAGUGCAUGCAGCACAUCACAAAUUGCAACUCUCCAAGGCCUAAGAAGUGCAAUGUUAACAGCACUCAAACCGUUUGAAGGUGAGCCGGAGAUGGGCAUGUUCAUCAAUUCUUGCUUUGCACAUUGCCAGAGCGAGCUGCAGGACACAUGGUUUGCACCGAAUUCCCCAACACUGGACAAUGAGACAAUUGCAGAGCUAGUCGGUGAUUGGUACUUUGAAAGGGGUGCUGCCCAAGAAAUCGACUGCGCAUAUCCCUGCGACUCAACUUGUCACAACAUUAUACCAUCUAAUCAGGUCGGCAUCUAGUGGAUACAAUGUGUUGUGUAGGUUGGUUCAUAGUGUUCUUCAACUCAAUACAAGAAAUAUUGGCAAAAUUUUACAGUGUAUUGCUAAGUUCAUCAUAUAUACUACAAAUAUAUAGAAGAAAUAGCUUGGAUGCCCAGCAUGGAGGUAUCAUGUUUCGGGUUCAAAUCCAUCAUUUCCAUGUCUCUACAUUUGCUUUCUUUGGUCCAUUUUCUUUAAAAAUCAUUCUUUGAUAUUGGGACUGUCUAUUUAACAGUUGACUGAAUUUCAAUCGGUAUUCAUCUUUUUUUA